GGUUUGCUGUUCGGGUGUUUACUUUUUUGUUCCACAAAGUUUGUUCCUUCGAUUUUACCUUCCGUUUAUCGCACAUUUUAAUUAUUUUAAAACCUGAGCCAACCUGAACUUUCCGCUACUUCAUUGUCAGCAAAGUCCAAAUUCCAGGUGGUGCCUGGUUGCGGACAGGAGACUUUCGCAAGAUCGAUUGCGUAACUGGACGCGUUAAUCAACAUCACCGCCGACUCCAGUAAUUCCAUCUUCCAAAGCCGUUUCGGGUCACGAGAGAAAGGAUGUUGAAAAACGCUGUUGCCUUGGUUACUGGUGGUGCCUCGGGGCUUGGACGGGCGACAGUGGAACGUUUUGCCCGUGCCGGAUAUAACGUUCUGCUGUGCGAUCUACCCACUUCGAAGGGUAACGAGGUGGCGAAGGAGAUCGGUGACAACGUUGUGUACGUGCCGGUUGACGUGCUUUCGGAGAAGGAUGUUACCGGUGCCCUGGAUCUGGCCAAAAGCAAAUUUGGCCGUCUGGAUGUAUCGGUGAAUUGUGCUGGUAUUGCCGUUGCCGUGAAGACGUACAACUUUAACAAGAAGGUGGCCCACAAGCUGGAGGACUUUCAGCGUGUGCUGCUGGUUAACACGGCGGGAACAUUCAACGUGAUCCGCCUGUCCGCCGGUCUGAUGGGUGAGAACGAACCCAAUGUCGAUGGUCAGCGUGGUGUGAUUGUGAACACGGCCUCGGUCGCAGCCUAUGAUGGACAGAUUGGUCAGGCUGCGUAUUCCGCAUCGAAAGCCGCUGUCGUUGGAAUGACUCUUCCAAUUGCCCGGGAUCUUAGUACACAGGGCAUCCGGAUCGUAACGAUCGCCCCGGGGCUAUUCAAUACGCCCAUGUUGCAAGCACUCCCGGAGAAGGUUCGUGCGUUCCUGGCAAAGACUAUUCCGUUCCCGCAGCGACUCGGUGAACCGUCGGAGUACGCACAGCUGGUGCAAGCGAUCGUCGACAAUCCGCUGCUCAACGGUGAGGUCAUCCGUCUCGAUGGUGCUCUCCGUAUGAUGCCCUAACCGGCUCGACAUCCGACUUGCCGAUCGAACUCUUCCAUUUAUACACCAACGGAUGCAUUUAUCAUAUGUACCUCUAGCUGGAAAAAGGGGAGCAGCACAAAACUGAAAUCGUCACACGAUAAAUCAGAUUGCAACAAUCAUUUGUACUGGCUUUUCUGGCUGUAAAGAAUAAAGUAAAACUUUGUAUUA